AUGCACGCAAAGUUUUAUGCACUUACAAUUGCAAUCCUGACGCACUUCGCGCACGCGAGAGUGUCGUUUAACGAGAUCAUAGAGAUGCAAAACACUGAAAUAAGAAAUAGUACCGCCUUCAUCAACCCAAAGGGACCGCUCUGCCUGUUGCGCGGGUUCGUGUACUCCGAUCUGGGCUACAUGCACAACAAGCGCUUCUUUGCUCCUGAGAUAGAAACUGACUACAAACUGGAGCCCGCUGGGGAUGUUAAAACCACAGAAAAGCACAACUACACAAGAAACGCAGAGAACGACAAACCUUACCCAUCAGAAGAGGAGCCUGCUCUUAACGCCGGUAUUGCUACCACAGACUACGCUGUGGAGUACCACCGCACCCUCAUCGAGAUGUUUCCGUCAACAGGCGGGCACACUCUGUCAUUGGAUAACAGCCCAAAAGACUCUUUCUUCCAGACUCUGCAGGGAAUGCCCAGCAAAAACGCGAACUACGUGUUGGCUGCGCUUCUCCUGCUGAGCGAGGGCGUCGAUGUACCCAUUGAGGCAACAGAGAAGGAAGUAAAACUAGAAAUAGGCAGCAUAAAAGUUGAGGAAAAUAUAUGCGAAAAGGCUGCACAGGUCAUAAACUUCUUCAAAGCUAACCCGAAAAAAGAAGAAAUGCCGUGCACACUAGAGACCUUCAGCACCGGGGAGUUUCUAAACACUCCGCAGUUCCUCAUCCAGGCGUACGUCUUUGAGUACAUUAAGAGCAAGGACGACGCCCUGGACUUCGCAGCGUGCGCACACGCCAUUCUCACAAGCCUGCCGGAAAAUGAGAGAAAAGACGUAUACAGCGCCUGCUUUGUGGAGAGCAAGGCUGAAGAAGACGAGCUUCUGCAGCCGUUUGUGCAGAUUCAGAAACUCAUAGAGAGUCAGAGGCGGUUUCCGUUUUCCAACUACAAAUUGGUGCCAGGGCACAUAAACUUGCACGCCUGCAAGAGAGGUCAACUCGAACUUUUGGAGGAAACAUUCUCGCCCAACAUGGAGCCUGCCCUACUUGCGCUCUUCUGCUUCCUUUCAUAUAAUCCAGAAAAGAACGAAUACGACGUGGAAGCCAUGCUCGGUGAGAAAAAGGAUCAUCCGGAGGCAAAGGCUCUGCGCGAAUUCUUCCAGUUGGAAAGUGUCAGCCCAAAACAGUGCCCUACCGUAGAGACGAUGCAGGAGUGGAACCGAGUCGUGUCUGGCCUGCAGAGCAAGUACAUCGAAUACGAAAGAAAUGACCUAAACAAAGCGUGGCCCGGACUUUUUAACGCUCUCUACAUUAUCGCAGAAAUAACAGGCAGACGAAAGGAGGAAGAGCCUACAAUACAGAAUUUUGAACUGAUGAUGAAAUCGGCUGAAAAUGGAAACAGUGAGAAAACACUUGAAAAGAUAAAAGAGUACGUGGAAAAUCUUUUAAAGUCUCUUUCUGUGGAUAAAUCCAUAAAAACCAGCUUUUCCAGACUGUUUAUGUUCGAGGUAAAUGAUGACAAGGAUGAUCUCUACGGAACAAUCACCAUAAAGUACACAAGUAGCGAUAACCUGUUCGAGCAUAGCAUACAAAUUAAGUUUUCUGAUAGUGUCAAGCUCCUGCUCAGUUGGGCCUUGCUUAAGGACGAAAGCAUGACCUUUUUUUCUGCGGGCAGAUGCGGGGAGCCCAAGACCUUUAUCGAGUGCCUGUUUUAUAAGUACGAAGACGUGUGGAGACUCGGGGGCAUGGACCCUGAAGAAGAAAAACUGGAAAAACGUAUCAUAGAGAUCGCACGGCGCCUGUCGAGAAUUGAGCUCCCAGGGAGCCCAAACGAGCUCUUUUUGGUGGGGCAUGCCUUGACACACAAACUGGCACAUAUUGCCAGCCUCUACCUGGCCUUGAACACAAUACAGGUAAGAGAGGGCAAUUUCCCCCCGAAGGAGCAUCCGUGCAUGCGCCUUACCUCGAACCUACUUGGGAGCCUUCCGCUGGACAAUCUUUCAAAGCAAGGAGAGACGGUGCUCGGGAUAGUUUAUACACACAAUGCGCGCCCGGCUUUUCCAAGAAUCAGCCUGUCAGACAGAAAAUACAUGAAUGUUUUGCUUGUUUCUAAUCAGCUCCUGUCACGCUAUUUGAAAAAACUAUACUCGAAUUAA